GCAAUUUCCACCUGUGCUUCCUCUCCCUCCUUAUAUAAGUUUCAGUAGUUCUGAUCCAAAAUCCAGUCUUUUGUAAACGUCCUCCGUUUUUAACUUUAGUAUCAGAAAAUUCGUCAAAUUAAUUAACACAAAAUGGCAGCAAAUGAUGUGCCAUGCUGUGAAACCAUGUUUUGGGUAUACUUAGUAAUCAGUGUGUCACUUGUGUGUUUUGCUGGACUUAUGUCUGGACUAACACUAGGACUCAUGUCCCUUAGCCUUAUGGAUCUUGAAGUCCUCAUUAAGGCUGGUCAGCCAAAUGAUCGCAAAAACGCAGAGAAAAUUCUUCCCAUCGUAAAGAAUCAGCACUUGCUCCUUUGUACCCUUCUAAUAUGUAACGCCAUGGCUAUGGAGGCUCUUCCAAUAUUUCUAGAUGCUCUACUUCCUGCAUGGGGUGCUAUACUAAUAUCAGUCACCCUUAUUCUAGCCUUUGGAGAGAUUAUUCCUCAGGCAGUCUGUUCUCGCUAUGGACUGAGCAUUGGUGCAAGAUUGUCACCUUUGGUUCGUUUGCUUGUCAUAAUUGUCUUCCCUUUAUCUUAUCCCAUCAGUAAGUUGUUGGAUCGACUCCUGGGUAAAGGGCACUCAGCACUUUUACGCCGUGCUGAGCUGAAGACCUUAGUGAAUAUGCAUGGUAAUGAGGGAUCAUGAACCAGUUAUCUGCUAUGGGCAUUAAAUUUGAUAAAGAAAUUCAAGGCCUGUUUCUACUUGGUUCCCUACCAGAUUCUUGGGAAAUUCUUAGAACUUCAUUAUCAAAUUCUGCUCCGGAUGGUGUGAUCUCUAUGGAUCUUGCCAAGAGCAGCCUUUUAAAUGAAGAGAUGAGAAGAAAAUCUCAGGGUUCCUCCUCAUCAGAUGUCUUGGUGACUGACUCUAGGGGAGAAGCAAGAAUCGGGGUUCUCAAAAUAGAGAACAUAAUAGAAGCAAAUCCAGAAGCAGACUUAAAGAUAUAGAGUGCUAUCAUUGCGGGAAGAAAGGGCACACAAAGAAGUUAUGCCGGAUUUUAAAAAAGGAGAAUAGAGAUAAGGAAGAAUAGAAAGAAGAUGGCAAUCGUGUGGCCACCGUCACUACAAAAGAUCUUGUUACCGUCCUUGAUGCAGAUCUGAUAAAUAUUGCUUGUGAUGAGUCAAUCUGGGUUGUGGACAGUGGUGCCACAUCUCAUGUGACAUC